GGAGAGUCACCGCUCUGUUAGGGCCGCCAUCUUGUCUGCGUCCGGACUUGCUGCAGCUUUCGGGGCCUGCUCCUUCUCUUCGCUGGUCAGCGCGGUGGACAGCGAGGAGGAGAGGGGCCCGGCGGGGCGGUGCUGAUGUGCGCGGAGCCUCUUCGCUCCUUUCUUGGGUGCCGCUAGUGAAGGGGGCGGGAGGGGGGCUGGUCGCCGGCGAGGCCUCUACUCUGCCGGGAUGGGUCGGUCCCGCAGCCGGAGCUCGUCCCGCUCUAAGCACACCAAGAGCUCCAAGCACAACAAGAAGAACCGGAGCCGCUCGCGGUCCCGCUCCCGGGAGAAGGAGCGGGCGCGGAAGCGCUCCAAGUCGCGGGAGAGCAAACGGAACCGGCGCCGAGAGUCCCGGUCCCGGUCCCGCUCCAACACGGCCCCCUCCUCCCGCCGCGAGCGGGAGCGCGAGCGCGAGCGCGCCUCCUCCCCGCCUGACCGCAUCGACAUCUUCGGGCGCACGGUGAGCAAGCGCAGCAGCCUGGACGAGAAGCAGAAGCGGGAGGAGGAGGAGAAGAAAGCCGAGUUCGAGCGGCAGCGGAAAAUUCGCCAACAAGAAAUUGAAGAGAAACUCAUAGAGGAAGAAACUGCUCGAAGAGUAGAAGAGCUUGUGGCUAAACGCGUGGAAGAAGAAUUGGAGAAACGGAAGGAUGAGAUUGAGCGAGAGGUUCUCCGCAGGGUGGAGGAGGCUAAGCGCAUCAUGGAAAAACAGUUGCUCGAAGAACUCGAGCGACAGCGACAAGCUGAACUUGCAGCUCAAAAAGCCAGAGAGGAAGAAGAGCGUGCAAAGCGUGAGGAACUAGAGCGAAUACUAGAAGAGAAUAAUCGAAAAAUUGCAGAAGCACAAGCUAAACUGGCUGAAGAACAAUUGAAAAUUGUUGAAGAACAAAGAAAGAUUCAUGAGGAGAGGAUGAAACUAGAACAAGAGAGACAACGUCAGCAAAAGGAAGAGCAAAAAAUAAUCCUGGGCAAAGGAAAGUCUAGGCCAAAACUGUCCUUCUCACUAAAGAGCCAGGAUUAAAUUGCAACUCUGAACUCUUAAAACAAAAAAGAAACAGGAAAAAAAAAAAAACUUUGUAUGGUAGCUUCAUGUUGAAGUGUUUUUUUUUCUCUCUCUCUCUCUCUCUCUCUCUCUUUUUUUUUUUUUUUUUUUGUCUUUUUUUGAAAGUCUGGAAAGUUAGCUUGUUCUAAUAGGGGCUGUGCUCUGCAAUUCUUAUUUUUAUUUUUUUUUUUUAACUUCCAUUAAGCUAAAUCCUUAUCAGAUCAUUGUUGCCUUUUAGAGAGUAAUCUAUUCUCAUCCAUUUUGUUUCUGUAUGAGUGGUCUGAAACAGAUCAGGUCACUUUAUGAAUUGUGGAUGAUCUGAUAAGGUUUUACUUACCUACACAUCAGAGUUUGACUCUGAUAAUUGACAGAACUUUAUACUGGGUAUUACUGACUUUUGAUUAAUUUUUUUUAAAAAAGUCAGUACAUACAUUGGUAAAUUGCCAUGGUAUUACUGGACCUCUGUGGUUUAUUGUUAAAUCAAUGUCCUAUGAUACUGUCCCAUUGUUGCGCUUGAUGUUCCUGAUACAGGUAAGGAAAUAGUUUGUCAUUUCUGCUAUGAAUACAUAGAGAGAGUUCAGUAUUGUCUCUGUUAGAUUUGUUUUUAUUACAUUGACAGCAUUCAACCAGCGUUCCCCAUUGUGUAAAUAAACAAAUUUGCUGAAUAAAGUGAAAGUCUUAAAUUCAUAUGUUUAAGUAAAUUUUUUUAGUACACUUCUAUAAACAGCUAUAAGAAUGACAAUGCACAUUAUUAAAUUCAAGACUAUAGUGGUAUUUUUUUAAGUUUGCUUUAAUCUAUUGUGGCUGCUCCUACUUAUAAUGCAAAAUUACACACAGUUAGAAGUCCCUGCAGUUGUGAAUGUUUUUGAUGGCUGUUGCUUUUUUCAUGAAUGUCGGGUUUUAUUCUGACAAAGACUUAUUUCAGCUAUAGUAUCAUGUUUGAACAGCUGUUUGGCUUACUGCUCCCAGGCCAGUACUUCAAUAUCUAUUCCCCUUCAGUUUACCUCAUAAUAUGGUAUGUUGUAUAGGUUAAGAUCUUUACCAUAUAAUGAAUAGAUAGAUCCAAAAGGAUUAAAAAUUUGAAGUUCUUCCCCAAAGGACUGGACCAGCUAGCACACUUGAACUCAAAAGCAGAAAAUGAGAUUCUAUUUAAAUGUAUUGUUUUAGCCAGAAAGCAACUGUUAUUCAUAUAUGAAAUCUUGAAUGUUAUCCAUUUAUAUAUACAGGUUUUAUUUUGAAAAAUUAAACUACAGAUUAAAAACUAUAUAUAAAAAAAUCCCCCUUUUGUAUGUAACUCUUCUAUCAAAACCUGGAUUACUAUAGCUUGUCCAGUUUUAAAACUGUCUUUUUCCUGUUGGUGUGCAACAUCUGUGGUAAACAUAAAAUGAAAGAUAUCAGUAGUUGCUUUGAGUAUUUGAAUGUUUGCUGGACAAAGUUGGAAAUAAUUUCUGAUACUCCCAACAGAUGUGUUUCUGUAGAUUUGGCAAAUUAAAUGUGGGAGCGAGUUGAAUGUAUCACUGAAAACAGUAUUCAACAUGCUUUGUAUGAAAUUUGGGAUUGCGGGCAGGUUGAUGUGUAUUGCUUUGUCCAGUAUGUCAAGAUAAAUGUGAAGACAGCAAAAUACCUACACUAUUACUGUACUUAAAUUUGUCUUUAUAUAUUGUAUUACAAAAAAAAAGGUUGCUUAAUGCAUAAAAACAAGCUGAAGCCAAAUCAUGUACAUGACCUGUUGGCAGGAGCAGGCUGUAUUUAAAGCUCAACCGAUACCUGUAUUUCUAAAACAGAAAACAUCCCCUGUUCCCUUAUGAGAAACAAGCUAUUAAAAGUCAAUACUGAAACAG